AUGGGGAGCCCUUACAGUGGUCAGGGUGUACCUCCCCCCAAUCAAGAGCCUGGACCUGAUAAGUUUCAGACAUGGAGGGUGGCGGACGAACUAGAGGCUUUAUCGGACCAUCGCAUUAUAGAGAUGGAGCUGUCCGUCACCCCCAGUGGCCUGCGGCCCCAGCGGAACAAAGCACCCCGACCGGGGCGCUGGGCCCUGAAGCAGUUGGACAGGGAGGCCCUAGAGACCUCCCUAGAAGUAGCCACCUGGCCACAACGUAUGGAGGGGCAGGACCUGGACUCUGGGGUCAAGGAGAUCGUGGACAUAAUCGCGAGGGCGUGCAAUAAGUCAAUGCCCAGGGUCUGUUCCUGCCCAAAAAGGUCCGCCUGGUGGUGGACCGACCACAUCGCUGAGCUCAGGCGAAGGUCGGUCCGCCUCAGGCGGACCUUUCGGAGGAUCAGAAACGAUCCUAAGUCAGACCCCGAGGCCACUCUGGCCGCCCGAAGGGACUUUUGCAGAGCAGCUGCGGCACUGAGAGACGCCAUCGUGACGGCCAGAAGCAAAGGGUGGGACAUCUUCCUCCUGUCGUUGGACGCGGAUCCAUGA